AUGACGAAAGGAGCAGGAGAAGAGCAUGGACUCAAAUUAGGUCGGUUUCAGACCUCAAGGCUGGCUCUAGCGGGUCUACUGGUCAACCUUUCAGACAAGGGAACCGAGACUCCACAUUAUCCCGCUACAGCAUCCCUGGCAAAUAGCUUGUUUGAUGGAGACAGAGCUCAUGACGGAAAUAUGAUUGGAUCAAGACUCUCGGAGACCAAUGAAUCGUCGGAGCAGCAUGGGAGGGUAAAAAGGGGUGGGAGAUCAUCCUGUAGUAUCGCUGAAGCAGACGGGAUCGCUGGAUCCGACUUGGCUGAGUAUAGUCUGAAGUAA